AUGUUUAGAAGAAACAUCGAGGAGCCUUGUAUCAACUGUUGCCACCUUAAUGGUUUAACCUCCAGGAAUUGGUAUCCGGUGUCAGUCAAUACCCAUUUCCUUGCAGCUUUGUAUUCCACUGCGCCUUCCCCGCGGCCAGUGGCAAACCACCCACAUUUUCGGGUAACUCAAAGUUGGUUUAAGGUCCGCGUAUCUUCCCCGCAUUCUUGGCUUCUAGUAUCAGCUGCACAAUUUUAUCUGGUACCCAUAUACAAGCGCAACCGGGACAACUUUGCACAUACCAUACCUCCUUCGUAUGAAAAUGAUUUCAACAAGGAGCACAAUUCUUUCAUUAUUAUCGCAUCAGUCUCUGAUGGAAAAUCAAGCCCGCCUCACAAAGACAGAAUACGCCAUCUCAAGAAGUUCCUUUCCAAUCUUGCCGUUCACUCGACACCCCCAAGGACUUUAGUGUUCACCCACUAG